GUCGUACUGAGCAGACACUGCACUGUCCGAUCGUGCAGCCGGCCUCGGCGUUGGUUAGAGUGUGUGUUGCAGGGUGAUUCAGGAUGGUGGACCAGCCUCUGUGGGAGCAGAUAGGAUCCAGCUUUGUGCAGCACUACUACCAGAUGUUUGACUCAGACAGAUCACAGCUCGGAUCCAUAUAUAUCGAUGCAUCAUGCCUUACGUGGGAAGGACAGCAGUUCCAGGGAAAAAGAGCAAUUGUCGAGAAACUCUCUAGUCUCCCCUUCACAAAAAUAGCGCAUAGUAUAACAGCGCAGGACCACCAGCCGACCCCAGAUUGCUGCAUCUUGAGUAUGGUUGUAGGACAGCUAAAAGCAGAUGACGACCCCAUCAUGGGUUUCCAUCAGAGUUUCAUCCUGAAGAACAUUAACGAUGCAUGGGUGUGCACCAAUGACAUGUUCCGGCUGGCCAUUCACAACUUUGGCUAAUCCCCCUCUCCACUCUGGUGGGCAGGGGCGGCCACAGCCAAGGGCAGUGUGCGAUGGAGCGUGGAGGGAGGAGUUGAGGACGGAGAGAAGAGAAAGAGAAACGCUCAUCCCUCCCUCCCGCCGUCUCACUUGCGCCCGUUUUUGACAAAGAAGCAAACACCGGAUUCUAGAUGUCAAUCACUGAACCUCAUCCAGGUGGGUUUUUCAGACCACCCCAGCCAGUAGAAACGCGACAUGUUUUUUUUGCUGAGAGCCGGCCGACCAAUCAGACGCCCCUGUCUGCCACUCCGCUGACCUGCAUGAAGCUGGGAGCCUCCCUUCCCCCCACCAUUACAAUAUCUACACUCAAGCCACCAGAAAGACAAAACAGCUGACCAACGCCAUUAAAACGCAUUCUCUGCUCUCCAAAAACCUUUUAACUUAGUUCUGACCCAUUCUUCUCUGUCGACUCCACCGCAGUCAUCUCAGUUCUGUUAGCACUGUUGUUGACUGGUUUGUAGAUCCAUGUUCAGGUUCAGAGUUGGCUUCUUUCAGUUCCAACUUCCUGUGUUGUAAUUUGUUUAUUUCUCUCUUUUUUUAGACUCCACCUGUGUGUUGACUUUAGCUCGCCUUAGUGUGUUUUAUCUUAGUUUAAAAAAUUCUUAACUUUGUCAUGAUUCGUUCUCAUGCCAGGUUUUGCUCUUGCAAACCAAAGACUCACAAAGGACAUGAAAGUUUGACUUUGCUGUGUGAUUGGAUCUGCUCCUGCAUAUUCUCUCUUUCUCUCUCUCUCUCUUUCUCUUUUCUGUCUCUCUCUCUCUCUCACACACACACAUCCGGCAGUUAACAUGGACUACAGCCGCGAUACACAAUAAAACCUGGACUUUUUUCUUAA